AUUAAAACUCAAUCAGCCUUCGAGAAGCAAGGUUCUAAUACCAAAAAGUGACUGAACAUACCAAGCAAAACUUAAAAUGUUUACUAAAACAUAUAUUGUUUAUUCGUGCCUGAUCUUUCCACUAAUCUGGACAACAUCUAGUGCCAGUACACCCAUUCGGCAGUGCGCCGACAAAAGCAUACCUUUACCACUGUUGGUGCAAAUAGAUAAUUGCAAUACGCUGCCCUGUGAUUUAUGGAAGGGUGUGGAUGCCAACAUUGCCAUAUGGUUUGUGGCCACACGCAAUUCGAUGCGUAGACUGACUGCUAAAGUGAAUUUCACCUCUUUGGGCGUGACAAUACCCUAUGAAUUGGAUUCGGAACGUAGCAAUGUUUGCAUGAAUCUACUCCAUGGUGCCUACUGUCCACUCGAUGCUGGCGAGGAUGUCACCUAUCGUCUAAUGCUGCCGAUCGCCAGCAAUCAACCGGAGGUACCCACACGUCUCCAGGUGACUCUGCAUGAUGCCGAUAAUGAUGACCAGUUGAUUGCCUGUUUCUUGACCGAUACUCGUAUACGCAAAGCCAUGAACAUUGAUUGGGUUAAGUGUAGCAAUAUUUCUUGUUUAUCGUACAUUGUAUCAAUGUGUCAAUUAAUAGCAACUAAGCUGCUAACCUCUAAGCUGCACCAAAACACUAUUAGACAUUAUGAAUAAAUAAUUAAGGCAAAACAUUAUGAAUAAUGGA